UAUUUUGAUUUUGUUUUCUUCUUAUUUUAGUUUGUUUUAGAAGUGCUUGUGAGACAAUUCUUAUUUUAGUUUUAGAUGAGCAAAAGACAAAGCUUGCCUCAAUGCUUAAGUGAUUUUUUCCCCUUCUUUUUUUUGUUACAGAGAAAUGGAUGAUAAAUUGGCCCAAGAGCUCUAUUCAGAAAGUUUGCAGCUAUCCAAUAUACAAUUGGGCCAUUCAUCAACUGCCAAUGAUUCCAGUGAGGCUGACAUUCAGGCUGACGAUGGAUCUUUAUGGGGUAGUUCAGAUGAGGAAUUGGAUAAAACAUCCGAUUUAGAUCGCGAAUGGCAGAGAAGACAUGACCAAUUCCAUGCGAUUGGUUAUCGUGAUGGCCUGAUAGCAGGGAAAGAAGCUUCUGCGCAAGAAGGUUUUAAUAUCGGCUUUAAGCAGUCUGUUCCGGUAGGGUACAACCGUGGCAUUACAAGAGGUGUUACCAGCGCACUGUAUUGUCUUCCGGAUUGAAACACAAGAAAAGAGAGAUAAAUUUCGGGAGUUAUAUAG